AUGAAGCCGAUUACAGCCCUGACCUGGGGCGCGGCGAUCCAGUUGAGCUCGGCCGUGGUUCUUCCGCAGCAACAAGUUCCUCUCACGAACCAGCCUAUAACCAACAACAAACCCUCGCGGGUACAAACAGAGAAAUACCUGAUCGAACUCGCACCGUAUCAGACACGAUGGGUGACCGAGGAAGAGAAGUGGGAUUUGAAACUGGAUGGAGUGAAUUUUAUGGACAUCACCGAAGAACACAAGACUGGCGUGUACCCCAAAUUCUUUCGAAGCAAUGCCGUGCACUACCCACAAGAGCUGGCCUUUAGCGACACAAUUAAGAAUCUGGCACAGAGUUUAGAUAAGCGCAACAUGGAAAAGAACUUGGAGAAGUUUACUUCCUUCCACACUAGAUACUACAAAUCCCAAACUGGCGUGCAGUCUGCCACUUGGCUGUAUAACCAGGUGGAUGAAAUCGUGCAGGAGUCGGGAGCUGCAGGGUACGGUGCUACCGUGGAGAAAUUCGAGCAUCCAUGGGGACAACCUAGUAUUGUGGCCCGUAUUCCUGGGCAGACGAAUAAGACGAUUGUGCUUUCGGCGCAUCAAGAUAGUAUCAACCUGUUCCUCCCAUCGAUUCUUGCUGCACCAGGCGCUGAUGAUGAUGGAAGUGGUACGGUGACGAUUCUAGAGGUGUUGCGGACGCUUUUGCUGUCUGAGGAUAUUGUUACUGGUAACGCUACUAACACGGUUGAGUUCCAUUGGUAUUCUGCAGAGGAGGGUGGUCUGCUGGGCUCUCAGGCUAUUUUCUCGCAUUACCGUGAGAAUGACCGCGAUGUCAAGGCCAUGCUACAGCAGGAUAUGACUGGCUAUAUCCAGGGUACUCUCGCCGCCGGCCGUCAGGAGUCGGUCGGGGUGAUUGUCGAUUUCGUCGACAAGCCUCUUACUGAGUUUAUCAAAACCGUCAUCACCGAGUACUGCGAUAUCCCCUUUGUCGAAACGAAAUGCGGCUAUGCCUGUUCUGACCACGCAUCAGCCAGCCGCUUCGGCUACCCUUCGGCAUUUGUCAUUGAGUCCGACUUCCCAGACUCCGAUAAGAAGAUCCAUACGACAGAAGACAAAAUAGAGUAUUUGAGCUUCGACCAUAUGAUUCAACAUGCCAAGAUGAGUUUGGCGUUUGCCUACGAACUAGGAUUUGCAACGCCCUCACGCCAACUUUCUUUACCUACUUGUGUAUAUACAAUGCCCUUCGAAAACGAACUGCACAUCGCCAGCCUAGCCGUCCAACGCGCCGCCCUCCUCACAAAAUCCAUUUUGGCAUCCGUCGACAAAGGCGCGCUCGACAAACACGACAAUACCCCCGUCACAAUCGCUGACUUUGCCGCCCAAGCACUCAUUAUCAGUGCCCUCCACGCCGCUUUCCCAACAGAUGGCUUCGUCGGCGAGGAAUCGGCGGAUGUAUUGCGUGAGGAUCGUGGGUUGAUGGAGAGGGUAUGGGAGGCUGUGCAGGCUACACAUCUAGAAGGGGAAGAGGAGGGGGAUGAUAAGGGAGGGUUGGCUAAGCCGAAGAGUAGAGAGGAGAUGCUGCAGGUUAUUGAUUACGGAGGAAAAGGCACAGGAGGGGCGAAGGGCAGGGUCUGGGUGCUGGAUCCUGUCGAUGGCACAGCGACGUUUAUCCAGGGCCAGCAGUAUGCGGUCUGUUUGGCGUUGGUGGAGGACGGGCGGCAGAGGAUUGCGGUGCUGGGGUGUCCGAAUUUGAAGAUUGAUACCUCUACUUCUACUUUCACUUCUGGCGGUGAAGUGAGGGCUCGCGUGCAGGAAGACGUCGUUGAUGGCGCUGGCUACGGGCACAUGGUCUUCGCGAUAUCCGGACACGGCGCAUUCAUGCGCCCGCUCAGCAAUCGCAGCACCCUCGCGCCCGCCCACGCCCUACCCGCACAACUACGCACAUCACCUUCAUCACCGUCCGAUAUACGCUUCGCUGACUGCCGGACCGCCGAUUCGACGGAUUAUGCGAAACACGGGCUCGUAGCGACGAAGUUGGGCGCGGCGUGGCCGGCGACGGCAGAUCUGUGGUCGUCGCAGAUGCGGUAUAUAGCGAUUGCGGUGGGGGAGUGUAACGCGCUGAUCAAAAUUUUGCGGGAUAGUGCGUAUCGGUCGAGUAUAUGGGACCAUGCCGGCGGAAUGUUGAUUGCGGAGGAAGUUGGCUGCACGAUUACGGAUGUUGAGGGGAGAGAGGUGAGUUGUGGGUUGGGCAGGAAGUUGGCGGGAGCGACGGGGUUGGUUGUUGCGCCGAAGAUGGUUCAUGGGAGGGUGCUGGAGGCUGUGCGGGAGGUUAUAAAUAAUGAUAAUUGA